CGAAGAAGUUGGGAGGGUCUCUUGUCUCCCAGGUCGCAAGACGUUAACAAUUGUUGAAGUCUUUUUCAUCUGAGACUGAAGUGCGUUGAGUUACCGCUGCUUUUAUCUUAUCGUGUGGUUCCGACUCAGGCACGUGGUCAAUUAAGUCCCCAACCUCAGCAGCAAUUUCAAUGGGGAGUGCACCGACGACAUACGCGUACUUUGUUGCUUGUGAGCGUAUGCCUCUGGCCAUGAAUAAAACUUCUAUUUGUGCAAACCAGAUUCUUGGAUUAUUAGAUCCGUAUGUUGGGAGUCUGAAUUCAGAGAUAGCAUUAACUGGGCUUAAAAUGUUUUCAGUAGGGUUUGACACUGAACUAGAAGUGGUUACUGGAGGAGGAUCCAUAUCAAUAAGUUUGGUUGGAGAUGACAUUACAUGAAAAAUGAAC